AUGUUGGUCGGCGGUACGAUAGCUGUUCAGGCAGUGCAGUCAAGACCUAAAGAGUUCGCUGGCUGUGUGCUGAUUGGUCCAGCUAUCCAACCGACUUCAGAACAGGCGUCUGCUAUCUCGCAAUUUAUCGACAAGACGGCCGCGUCAAUCCUCCCCCUGUUCGGUGUUAGCAAGGUUGAUCCAGAUUCAUUGAGUUCGGACCCGAAAGAAGUGACUGACUACAUCAAAGAUCCGCUAGUGUACCACGGAAGACUUCGUGCGCGCCAUUCCGUUGAAUUUAUGGUAGCCAUGGAAACACUUGAAAAUAAAAUCCCCAGCAUCGAGUGGCCAUUUUUCAUUCUUCAUGGAGAGGACGACAAACGCUGUUCAUUGGACGGUUCAAAAUUGCUGUUUGAGAAGGCAAAGAGCUUGGAUAAAAAGCUGAAGAUCUAUCCUGGUCAUCGGCACGCAUUGCAUCGUGAGUCUCCCGAUAAAGCUGAUGCUGUCAUAAAAGACAUUGUGGCCUGGUUGGUGAAGAGGAUUUAAUCAUUGGUAUAUGAAACGUCUCCGACAUUUCUUUAACGAGAGGCCUGUAUAGGAUAGAAUGAAUCAAAUGCUAGGCCCGUAGGCAGUAUUUUCGAUAGGGGUGGGGGAGUUUUUGGGGAGCCAAAGUGAGCUUUAGGCUGGUGGCCUGGGGUGGCCUGGUGCCGCCUAUGACCCACGGGGGGAUCAAGGCAGAGCCCUCUCGGAAGCUAAGACAAAGUAGAAUUUUGAGGGCCUUAUUAUUCCAUGGAUUUCUGCAACACAUAAUUCGUGAAUAGUUUAUGUAAAUUUCCAUCAAUUUGUUUGUUGUUAGGAACCUGAAGAAGUAACGUUUUAUGUCCAUUAAUAAUAAUAAUUUUGGCUUAUAUAGCGCAUUAUGCUAAAGCCUCAAUGCGCUUAACAGUAAAAAUAAAAUUCGGGGGAAAAAAAAUUAAGAAAAAUACAAGUUAAAAAGGUGAGUUUUUAAAGCUGCCUUACAUUUGUAGGCCUACAUAUAACACAGAUUUUUGUUCAUAUGGAUCAAUUUGCAAUGACCGGAGCUAAUCAAUUGCGAACAAAUUACGUAGCACAGUUAUAAAUAAUCAACGGUUGGAGGAGUUGGCAAAUGCAUAGCAAUUCGUGAUAAUUUGGAACCAUUUUAUUGAAAUAAUAAUAAGCUUUAAAAGGUACACCUUUUGAAAUGUUGUGGGGAGGGGGCAUACGUCAGUUGAUUCAGUAUGAAUCAGGUGAUUCAUACUAGGAUCUCGCAAACUAUGCGGUUUCCUUCCUUACUUUAUACUUUUUAGUCCCAAAAUGAGCCUCUUUUUAUAGGUGUGCGUUAUUAAAGAUGGGAGAUAGUUAUCGAUAUGACACGAUACCAACAGACGAUUGCACACAAUAUUUAGUAGUUAAAUUGGAGUCAUUUAGUUUUAAGCCUACUAUACAAUGAUGCAUGCACAAGACUGUAUUUAAGAGUUGUUUAUGGUAAGACAAUAACGAACCAAAUAUUUUGGGGCCAACGUACAAUCGUCAGCUAGGCCUAACACGAAUUUUAGUGGACCAAUUUUAUUAACAGCAGGCCUACAAUAUGAACUACAGUUCGCCCUCCAAUUCGAGACCACCUUUGUGACCUGAAAAUACAUGGGGUGGCCUUGGGGUUGGUCUCCAAUUAGAGGGCUAGUUUUGUGUUAAAAUGUUGAAUAUUUGUUGGAAAAGUGCUCUCGAAUUGCAGAGGUCUCGGAAUUAGAGGGGUCUCCAAUUGGAGGGAGCACUGUAUUUAAUUCGUCUGAUCAUCAUUAGGGAGGUUUCUCUAGCUUACGAUAAAGAUAACGAAUACGGUUAUACGGUACGUCAUUAAUUUUUUAGUAGAUCCAUCCCAUACACUACCAUAUCAGUCACAGCAUAGGUUAUGCAUGCCUUUUACAUGAAUCAAUGAUCAUAUUCAGCUCGUAUAUGUAUUUUCAAGAAUUACUCUCAGCUUAGCCGUGAAUGACGAUGACGAAGAUAUUCGUGUUUGUUAUCGUUUUCGUAAGGUUGCAAAAUUUCCUUAUUAACAUUCCGUUACAUUUAAUGUAUAGACCUUAUUAAUUUUAGGUAAGUUAAACUUUCCUAAGUCGAAACUUUCCUAAGUCGACUUUGCCUUACUCGAAUUUGCCUUACUCGAAUUAUUUCUAAGUUGAACUUAUUUUACAUGCCAGAUUGUGGUGUUUUCCAUUAAUUAACAAUCUAUAAGUCGAAUUUUAUCUAAGUCGAACAAUAUUUCAAUGGCAUUUUGGAUUCGACUUAGGCAAGUUCAACUAAUCAUUGUAAAUUUUGAAUAUCCAAGUUACCAAUCCUUCUGGGGACUAAAAACUCCAACUGCGCAAUCCCAGAGUUGGAGAUAUUUUGUUAUAAUGCUUACAGGUCUCCCUCUAAUUAAAGACCACCUCCAAUUAAAGACCAUUUUUCUGUGGUCCCAAAUUAACAAAUGUAUUUUCUUUAUUUUUCUAAUUAAAGACUAAAGCUACUAAAGACCAUGGAAACCCCAGUCCGAAAAGUGGUCUUUAAUUGGAGGAAUACCUGUAUUUAAAACGAUAUGCAUACAAAUAGGUGUGCGCACGGUGGUUCGAUCAGUCUAGCCUAGUUGGCAUAUUUUGUAGAAGAGUUUCCGUAUGUUUUUUGAGUGAACAAUCGUCGUAACGCCCGAUUCCACUAUAUUGGAGGGCCCCCGCUUUACUCACGGUUCACUUGUUUUGAUUAUACGAUUCAAUGGGUGUGUUUUAUAUGUUGUUUUAUAUCUUGCGAGUUGAACAUUUAAAAUAGGUUUAAGGUAGGCCAAUAGUAGGCUAUAUUUGUUAAAUCUGGGGGCAUACAGUAUCAACGGUUAUGGAAGCCCCAUUUUCAAUGGUAUAUUCUGUUACUUUUCCAAUACGAUCUUUUAUAAUCCUUAAUAUGUGACAGGCCUACUGAAAACUGUUAUGAGUGCUUUUUUAUAAUGUUAUGUAUACAAACACACAAAAAAGAAACACAGAUUCAUUAUUUUGAAAUUGAAAACCUACAGUCAAUAAUAAAUUCUGGCAUUUUUGUUACCAAAGCAGCCACGUCGGGGCUGAGCGACGCGUUUAAGAUAAAAAAAAAAAUGCACCUCCUCUAUACCAUCACAUUAUAUGGGGUAUUAAUUAAGGCAAUAAUACGUUAAUUAAUACCCCUAUAGUAUGAUGGUGCACAGAAGGUGUAGAUGGAUUGCCUAUUUCUAUACUUGAACAAAACUAAAUUUUAUAAUUAUGUUAUAUGCACUGGCCUAUAUUAUAGGCUAUUAUAUGUACAUAGGCUUUGGUUUAAGUAGUUUUAAUAAUAAUUGUAACACUGUGUUUUAUUAAAGAAUUACAUUUUAACAUAUUGUACUAAAA